AUGCCCAAAAUCCGCACUUCCCGGACUAAGCCUCCGCCCGAGGGCUUCGAGGAGAUCGAGUCCAUCCUCGACGAGUACACGCGCAAGAUGCGAGACGCCGAAUCAGAGAGUACCGAGGGCAAGCGGAAAGUAGAGGCAUUGUGGCCAAUCAUGAGAAUUAGCCAUACACGGAGUAGGUAUAUCUAUGACUUGUACUACAAGAGGGAGGCUAUUAGUAGGGAGCUAUAUGACUGGCUCUUAAAGGAAGGGUAUGCAGACGCAAAUCUAAUAGCUAAAUGGAAGCGCCAAGGCUACGAGAAGCUCUGCUGUGUGCGCUGCAUCCAGUCGCGAGACAUGAACAAUGUCGGAUCUUCUUGCAUCUGUCGAGUUCCCAAGAGUCAGAUGAAGGCAGGGCAAUUGGUCGAGUGUACACACUGUGGCUGUAGAGGUUGCGCUUCGAGCGACUGA